ACCCGACGUGGGCAUUUAUUAAAAUAAUGUGCACAAAGUUCACAGCCUCAAUCCUGCUGUUCUCCUUGCACACAUCCUGCUGCAACCAGGAUCUCACACACACUACCCGCCUCUCAAUCAGACAGGGAACAGAGCCUAAAUACACACACUCAAAUCAGCACAACAAGACACAGGUGAGGGGGGAGGAGACAACACAGGACACCAGGUGCACACAAUCAUCAGCCACAGACCUCAACUGUACAAUCACGCUAAUAAAGUGCCAUAUUACCCGGCCUGAAGCCGUCAGUCCAUAGUGACGAAAACCUUCGUCACACUCCAAAACUACUUUUUCCAAUAAAUGCAGCAGUUGCUGCUAUUUUCUUGGUGGACUUUGAGUAAUUUCUCAGAUUUUUACUCAGAUUUUUGCAUAUAUAAUUAGUUUUAUGUAUAUAUAAUUCUUGUAAACAUUGAUCUUCAAUUCCUCUGACUGUGUAUACUGUAUGUAUGGCCCAUUGUACACCAAAGCCAGUUCCUUGUAGUUGUAAACCUACUUGGCAAUAAACCUGAUUCUGAUUUUAUGAUUCAUAUUUGAUCUCUAAACAAAGCAUUGUCUUGCUCUUCAGAUUUCCACUCCGAGUGACCAGUGAAACAGAGAAACCAUGUCUUUGACUAAUGCCCACAGCAAAGAAACAUGGGAUGCACACAACCAGAUGAUGCUGGAUCCUCUGUCCAGCGACUCUGAGGUGUGCUCCAUCAUAAAAAAAGAGAAGCACAGGCAGACGUACGGGCUGGAGCUCAUAGCGGCCGAUAACUUCACCAGCAGAGCCGUUUUAGAGGCUCUGGGUACCUGCAUGAACAACAAAUACUCUAAGGGAAGUCCCGGACAGAGUGAUACGGAUGUUGAUGAGCUGGAGAGACUCUGUCAGAAGAGAUCGCUGGAGACGUUUGGUCUGGACUCAGAGAAAUGGGGCGUCAACGUGCAGCCUUACUCAGGUUCACCCGCUAACUUUGCCGUCUACACGGCCGUUGUGGAGCCUCACGGCAGGAUCAUGGGGCUGGACCUUCCCGAUGGAGGUCACAUGACACACGGCUUCAUGACUGAGAAGAAGAAAAUAUCCACAACGUCCAUCUUCUUUGAGACCAUGCCGUACAAGGUGAAUCCAGAUACUGGCUACAUUGACUACGACAGACUGCAAGAAAACGCCCAGCUCUUCCACCCCAGACUCAUCAUCGCCGGAACCAAGUGCUAUUCCCGCAACCUGGACUACGAACGCCUGAGGCUGAUCGCUAAUGAGAAUGGAGCGUACCUGAUGGGAGACAUGGCUCACAUCAGUGGACUGGUGGCUGCAGGAGUGGUGCCCUCGCCCUUCGAGUACUGUGACAUUAUUACCACGACGACACACAAGACGCUGCGAGGCUGCCAAGCCGGACUAAUCUUCUUCAGGAAAGGAGUUCGCAGUGUGGAUGCCAAGGGGAAGGAGACUCUGUACAACUUGGAGUCUUUGAUCAAUCUGGCUGUGUUUAAUGGGCUGCAGGGAGGACAGCACAACCACGCUAUCGCAGGUGUUGCAGUGGCUCUCAAACAAGCCAUGACCCCAGAGUUCAAGGCCUACCAGGCGCAGGUUCUUGUUAACUGCAAAACUCUAUCCAGCAGCCUCAUUGACCACGGCUACAAGAUCGUCACAGGCGGCUCUGACAACCAUCUGAUCCUGCUGGACCUGCGCACUAAGGGAACCGAUGGAGGACGAGCAGAGAAGAUUCUGGAGGACUGUGCCAUCUCCUGUAAUAAGAGCACCUGUCCAGGGGAUAAGAGUGCUCUGCCCCCGAGUGGCUUGAGGUUCGGCUCUCCAGCUCUGACCACCAGGGGCUUGAUGCAGGAAGACUUCAAGAAGGUGGCCGACUUCAUUCACAGAGGCAUCGAGCUGACCCUGGAGAUUCAGGGGAGUCUGGACCCCAAAGCCCCUCUGAAGGAGUUCAUCGCAGCGCUGCGGCAGGGAGAGAAGUUCCAGCAGAGAGUUUCAGAAAUCAAAGCCGAGGUGGAGGCCUUCGCCGGCCAGUUCCCCAUGCCUGGCCUCCCUGAGAUGUAGAAGCACUGAUGGUUAUAAUAAACAUUAUGAUGCCAAAUGUUUGUGGUGUGUUGUUUUGUGUGUAUAUUUGUUUUGUUAAAAUCAGGACCCAGCAGUUCAGCUUUGGCCAGAUUUGUCUUAAUGGUUAAAAAGAAAGAUUUGCAGACUUUUUUUCCCCUCCAAAUAUCCGUGUUGCAGCGGUGCCUUUUCUGUUUUAGAAAUGGUUUGCUUUGGUCUUGGAUGUUUCUAUUACAUUGAAGCUUUAAUCAUGGCUGAAAUCAACAUAUAUUAAUCAAAAUAAACUGUUUUCCACACUGAUCAAUGAA